AUGAAGACGUCUCUUCUCGCCGGCCUGCUGGCCGCGGCGGCCUCCCUAGUCGCCGCUGCGCCCAUGCCCAUGCCGACUCCACCCGGCAUCCCCGCGGCGUCGACGGCCAAGACGCAGCUGGCCGCGCUGACCGUCAAGGCGUACGUCGACGACGGCAACUACGACCGCGACCUGUUCCCCACGUGGAACACCAUCAGCGGGACGUGCAACACUCGGGAGACGGUGCUGAAGCGCGACGGCACCAACGUAGUGGUCAACUCGGCGUGCGCGUCGACGUCGGGGUCGUGGUUCAGCCCGUACGACGGCGCCACGUGGACGGCCGCGUCCGACGUCGAUAUUGACCACAUGGUGCCGCUGAAGAAUGCCUGGGUGUCGGGCGCCAACGCGUGGACCACGUCCAAGCGCCAGUCCUUCGCCAACGACCUCAGCGGCCCGCAGCUGUGGGCAGUCACCGACAACGUCAACCAGGCCAAGGGCGACAAGAGCCCCGACGCCUGGAAGCCGCCGCUGUCGUCCUUUUAUUGCACCUAUGCCCGCAGCUGGGUCCAGGUCAAGUCGACGUGGGCGCUGACCGUCACGUCGGCCGAGAAGACAGCGCUGACGAGCAUGCUCAACACGUGCUAG